AUGGUAUCAUUAUUGACCGGAGUUACAGGCAACCAAGGCUCGCAAGUCUUGGAGCAUAUGAAAGGACAGCCAGUUAGAGCAUUUGUUAGAAACACCAAGAACAACAAGACCAAAAAGCUUCAAGAGAGGGGGAUCGAGCUAGCCAGUGGUGAUCUGAAAGAUGAAGAGUCUAUUUACACCGCUUUAGAGAAUGUGGAUGGUGCUUACCUAGUCACUCUCAUGCUUGAAAAGGGUGCUCAAGACGAAGUCGAGCAAGGAAAAGCCUUUUUGGCAGCCGCAAAGAGACGCAAUUUGAAGCACCUUGUCUACUCAAGCGUCGAGGGUGCUGAACGUCAGACAGGCAUACCUCACUUCGACUCAAAAUUUGAAGUUGAAGAGUUGAUUAGAGAGAGUGGCAUUCCGCACACAAUCGUCCGCCCAGUCGCAUUUUUCGAUAACUUCCCAAAGCAGAGAGGUCUUGCCUCUUUCUUCACGUUGGGUAUAUUCAGGGCUGGUACUGGAUACAGCAAGAAGAUCCAGUUGGUCAGUUGUUAUGACAUCGGAAGAGUCGUUGCAGCCGCACUUAAAAACCCAUCAAAGUACGCGGGCCAGGUCAUUCCUCUUGCCGCAGAGGAGCUUUACGUGUCUGAAAUUCAGGACAAGUACGAGAAGGCACUAGGGACUCGCCCUUGGAAGGCUUGGUUGCCUCGUUUCUUUCUCUAUUUGCUCCCGUACGACAUUAGGUGCAUGUUCCUAUGGUUUGGUCAGCGUGGCCGAGGCUACAGAGCCAAUAUUCCUGCUCUUAGACGUGAGUACCCUGGCUUGCUCACCUUUGACGAGUGGGUGAAGAGAGGAUAAUGUGCGGCUUACAGUGGUAAUAAGAACUGUGAUAUUUGCCAGGGUGGUGAAUAUUGUAAGGUAAAGAUUAU